CCAAUCCGCAGCCAUAGCCCCAAAAAGAGAAAAUAUACUGCAAGAAACAAUUAAUGGGAGACAGUGCUUUCUUGGCCGCAUGGUAUUGGGGGACCUUGGAACCGAACUGGGCCAUUAGAACCACCUUGAACUGGAGUGACUUGUUAAGUUUGUGGAACUGGAAACAGCCCUCGAAUCAGCCCAUCUUCUGUUGUAGUUAAUUGGUAGGCGCCUGGUCGAACACUGAUACCUUCCAGCUGGAAGUGGGUCCCGGGGCUCGGUCGUUGCAAGCGAACAUCGCCUGCGGGAAACAUGGAGGUGCCGGGUUGGCUCGGAAACCAUCUGCGCGCGAGGUUGGGACGACGCCAGUGGGGGAAACAGAAAUUGUUGCAUUGGUGGUUUGCGAAAAAGUUUUCGAUCCCCUUUUCGCCGAGAUCGGCGGGACCGAACUCCCUGGCGACCGAACAAAUCGCAACGUCCGUCAGCUCGAAGCGAGACUUGCGGUAGUUGUUCCGGUAGCGCCCCUGGAGGUCGCAAACCAGGUGGUUGCCCCCGGAGUUAUGGUAGGUCAUGUGGCUAAAGGCCUCCAUAGCUUCCGUAUAGAUAUCGCUCUCAUCGAUCCAACCGGAGUUCGAUGUGAACUUUUUGAAAUCCCGGAUCACCGGCUCCGCCAUGUACGGAAUGCCACUGUUGGAGUAAAUGAUGUGUCCCUUGGUGAUGAGGAUUUUAUCUUCGGGGUCGCAAAUGUCGUUCCACUGCUCCGCGUAGUGGAUGGCGGUAUCGGCGAUCAUAAAUUCCUUCUCGAAGUAUUCCGUUUCCAUCGAUCGAAACUGCGGCUUGAAACGCUUGCAGGCCGCGUAUUGGCCGUUCCGAUUCCCUCCCACGUAGGUUCCCUCGUGGCACACGCGGAAGGCUCCCUCACCGAGCUUGUAGUUACUGAUUCGGACGUCCUGCGAGGACAGGUUGGUUCUGGCGGCCGAGGAAUACGACAUGCUUCUGCUUCUGUUUCUUCUGAUGCACCACUCGAACUCUGAUCUUCUCUUUCUUUGUUGGCAGCUUUAUGGAAUAUGAAUCGAUCAAUUUUCAGUGAAGGAACAACGUAUGUUACUUGGUAUGUUGCAGCUGGUGACUUGAGGUUGUGAGAUAUGUGAAUUGCGGUGUUGUAGUGUGGUUAGAGGGGAUAUUCUCGCUGUAACGAGUUGUGUGUCUUGGCGUGCUGUCACAAGUGUUCUGAAGUUCUUUUCUAUGAUGCUGUUCUGUGUGAUUUAACGUCAUUUCGUACUGCUUUCGCUUCAUAUGAUAGGAUUUUCUGAAAAAUCCUUUCGGAAAAAGGCUCGAGGCGGGAUGUGAAGUUCAAUCAACCUAGGUAAGGUAC